AUGAACUCGUUGAAUAUCCUGUCAUCGCGAGUCAUUGGCCAACCUUCCAACUCAUCGCGACCACGAUCGCAAUCCCAAGGUGACAGCAAGCGCAUACCUCUACCAGCCGACUUCUCAAAAUAUCGAUCUUACAGCGAGGAUAACUUCCGCUCUCUCGAUGCCACCGAGCACAACUAUGACGGCCCACCCGUGACGGAAGACGGAGAGGAAGACACAAUAUACGGUUCGGAUGAGAAGACGCCUUUGAUCCAUGACAGCUACAAGACUGGCACACUUACGGCCCAAAGCACUUGGCGAUUAAUUACCAAACGGUUCUUCGAUGCGAUUACCGAGACAAUCAAGUUCAUCUUGUCUACGAUUGCUGCCCCCGGCGUAUACCUGGCCCAAUGCUUCCAAGCCGAGGAGGGCUAUUAUUCACUCCUUGAGCCUAUCCGAAAAUUACGGCGCUCCUCUGCCGACCCAACAAGCCGGUCGGAUAAAGGGGCUGCCCGGGUAGAAGGUCGGCGUCGCAGUGGCUCCACCCGGAAGCUCCGACCCCAAAUAUCCAACGAAUCUAUCGCAUCAACGACAUCGGAGUCCGACACGGAUCGACGGAAAAAUAUCGCAGGUGGGAAGCAUCGGCACUCUAAGUCGAGAAGUCUUGAUCCAGACCCAAUCCCAGAAGCGGAGGAAUACGAAACUACGCCCCGUCGAUCCAUACGUAUCAAGCUCCAUAAUGAAGAAUCCCUCAAAAGGCAACGACAAAGAAGAUCUCAAAGUGCAGACUUGGGCCCGCCCAUGCCGGAGGGAGUCUCUCGGGUCCAGGGCGCGGUGCAGCUGGAUAGCCUGAAGUCUCCUACCUCCCCCAACAUUCAUCGUAUCACGAAAUACCCUCAUUUUCCAACUCCGCCGCGCCCUCUUAUUCCUCAACGAGUCCCCUCCUACACUGCAGCUCCUCGAAAUGCCAGAACUCCGCAGAAGACUCUGGUUCUGGACCUUGAUGAAACCUUGAUCCAUUCGCUCGCCAAAGGAGGCCGAAUGUCCAGUGGGCACAUGGUCGAGGUGAAACUCUCAAUGCCUACGACAACUGCAUUGUCUCCCGGUGGACCGCAGACGACAUUGGGACCCCAGCAUCCCAUUCUAUAUUAUGUCCACAAGAGACCACACUGUGAUGAAUUCCUACGCAAGAUCAGCAAGUGGUACAAGCUUGUCAUUUUCACGGCUAGUGUCCAAGAAUACGCCGACCCUGUCAUCGACUGGCUCGAACAGGAACGGAAAUACUUCGCAGGUCGUUUAUACAGACAGCAUUGCACGUUUCGCAAUGGCGCUUACAUCAAAGACCUGAGCUCAGUGGAACCGGACUUGAGCAAAGUAAUGAUUUUGGACAACAGCCCAAUGAGCUACAUCUUCCAUGAAGACAAUGCAAUCCCGAUUGAAGGGUGGAUCAAUGACCCCACAGACAACGGUCUAAUCCAUUUGAUCCCCAUGUUCGAGGCUUUGCAGUAUGUCACAGAUGUCCGGGCUUUCCUUGCACUUCGUCGUGGCGAGAUUGAGCCAUAA